AAGUGGGAGGGCAGUGGCACUGGGAGGGGCAAUGAGGGGACAAGGGAAGUCUCCUUAUGCGGUGGAGAAGGGAGGCGGAGGUGGUUCCUCAGGCGCAGUGUUGGACACGAGGAAGAACUAUUUCGACACGGAGUCACACAACAAGAAAGCAACUCUGUCGUCGCACAGCAGCUUCUCCAGUAGGCAUGGGGAUUCCUUCCGCCGGCAAGAUAGUUUUCGACAAUGCGGUGGCCCGACUGGGGGUUCGUUGAGGACAGUUCCUGGGCAUCCGACCGUGCCGCCGAUUUCUCCGCGCGGGACGCCAGCCCCGCCGUCAGCGACUCUUUCGUCUGUUCUGCCCCCUUCUCCGGACCAGCUGUGCGGGAGAAGCACCCACUCGCUCCCACUCUGGCGCACAACGACGGGAGCGCCGGAUGGUGCGUCGUGGGAACAGGGAUGGGAGACGGGCAAUGGCGGCGGGGGUGGUAAUUUGAAUUUCUCCUUCCGCGGCAGCUGGGGAGGGAUCAAUAUGAACGUGAUGGGAGGCACGUCGCCUGGCGUGCCGCUUCCAGAGCGGCCUCAGGAGGGCGACAGGGAACGGGAUCGGGGGAUGGGUCAUCGCCGGGGAUGGCCCGCGGGCCCCUCCAUGCAUUCGAAUGGCGGAAGCAGCGCGGCGAGGAGAGGACAGCUGAAGACAACAAGCAGCAGGUCGCUGAAUCCGGAUGCCGCUGCGGAGUUUCACAGCGCAGCAGCAGCAUGCGAUGUCGGGGGCCGCGGAGGAGGAGGUGCUGGCACUGGCAUUGCACAGGGACCUUUCUCGCAGGCAUGGACAGCAGGGCUGAUGUCCGGGAUGCCACUCGGCGACGAGGUUCGUCCGACAACAGCCAACGGGGGCCUGCCGAGUGCCGGCUUGUUGUCUGGGCGUGGGCCGUCUCCCUGCCAGACGUGCUCGCUAGGUCAUCGCAACCAGUUUGGCCCAUUGCCAUUGGUUGAGAUGGGUGCGCCGGACCUCCUUGCAGACGAGUUUCCUCCGGAAGCCACUAGAGGAGCAUGUGUGGCUAGGAGCUAUACGAUGCCCGUGGGGAGGUCGGGGUUUGAACUGGGUGGGGGAGCGGCGGAGCCGAGAUCUGUCUUGCUCGGUACCGUCUCCGAUUCUAAUAAUAAUGUGCCGAGCACCGCCGGCCCGCUGUUGGGGGGCAGUGGCCGUCAGACUGCAACCCUGCACCGUCAUUGCAGUUUCAACGAGGACCGAGGACGAACUCCUCAGCCAGAGAACAGCAUGAUGGAAGACAACCAGGGACAUGGGACACCGGGGUUCGGCAACGGUUUCCCCCUCGACAGAAGGGGAUCAUUCCGGCGAGCUCUGAGUUUCAACGAGCAAUCCGUGGAGGGACCGGGGAGCCCAGUUUCCAGCAGAACAGUGCGGCAGUUGUCGCCGCCCUUUGUUUCGCUGCCAAGCUUUCAGAGAAGCGACGGACCCAUCCGGAAUAACUAUGACGAGGAAUCGCAACCGUCUGACAACGACCUAGAGUCGUUGGUGCACAGCUGUGGUGACGACGCUGAUGUCCAUUCGGAAACGGGAGGCGUCUUUGGAAGGGAGUGGAGGGAUGGGGGCAACUUGGGAGGGGGAGGGGGAGGGGGAGGGGGAGGGGGAGGAGGGUGCAGCAACCCUCGGCGGCAAAGGAGGUUUUCGGGAAGGACGUCGGCAAAUGCAGGAGGGAAAGGGAUGGACGACAGAGAUCAACAGGACUGGGAUCACCUGGAUGCGAGGCUGUCAUCGACCCGGACAAGGAGCGACGACUUAGGUAACCCGGCAGAGACUGCUGAUAAUGGCUCUGCAAGGGGGGCAGCAGCUCCUGCAGGCGCCGCUGCAGAAACGAUGAGGGCUCCUCAAUUGACAAGGCAGUCUACUGUCGGUCGUUCUAAGAGGGAUACAAGCUGGUGCCUGGGCAUUCAGUCCGACACAGCACACACAUUCUUCCUCUGGAAGCUCAUUGGCUGGAUCCUGCUGGUUAUGAUUUUUCUUUCGAUCGUUGGAUAUGUGCUACAUCUGAGGGAUAAGACGACACGACUAGAGCUGCAGCUGAGAAAUGCCAAGGAGAUGGCGAGGGGGAAGAAGGGCAGACCUCCCCCGCCUAUUAAGACGACAGAUAGAAGUGGGUCGAGAGAUAUCGGAGCCGGUGGUGAGGAGGACGAGGACGGCUUCCCCUACCCUGGGUUGGGUGGCGGAAACGUCGCGGAUCCCCCGAAAAGUGUCGAGGCCUUCUCCUGUUUGCUGGAAGGGGGAGAGGACAACCACCUUUCGCUCGCCGAUAGCAAUCUUCGACAAAUCGCUCUCGUCGUAUCCCUUCUGUCUAUCCUUACGCCGUUUGUGGUGUACAAGUACAUCGAUUCGUUGCCGCCGCUUCUGUCGUUUGUCUACAAACAAGCUGUCGCAGGGGAGGACGACACCGUCCCCCUCAGCAAAAAGAUCGCUUAUCGUGUCGACGUCCUCUUCUCCACGCAUUCCUUUGUCAAACCCUUGACUUUGCUUCUCGCGACCAUCUUCCUCAUUGCGCAUGGCGGCCUGGCGCUCUACGCAGUCAGCAGCGACGGGCUCGCCUCCGCGCUGUGGCAGGCAUGGACUUUCGUUGCCGAUGCGGGCAACCACGCCGACAGCGUUGGCAUGGGCCCUCGUAUCGUGGCCAUCAUGAUCAGUUUCGGCGGAAUGCUCAUCUUCGCCCUUAUGUUGGGGUUGGUUUCUGAGGCGAUUUCCGACAAGGUCGACUCUUUGAAAAAGGGAAGGAGCGAUGUCAUCGAGAGUAAUCACACCUUGAUUCUCGGCUGGAGCGAUAAGCUGGGGUCAUUGUUAAAUCAGUUGGCUAUUGCAAAUGAGAGCAUGGGAGGAGGGGUCGUCGUCGUGCUGGCGGAAAGGGACAAAGAGCAGAUGGAGAGUGAUAUCGCAAAAAUGGAGUUCGAUCUGAAGGGCACUUCAGUAAUUUGCCGCAGCGGGAGUCCUCUAAUUAUGGCAGACCUAAAAAAGGUUUCUGUGGCCACGGCUCGGGCUAUCAUCGUGUUAGCGGAAGUACAGAACGCUGAUGAGAUCUGGGAGAGUAUUUUGGGAUUCGAGAACUCGGAGUUUUAUCUGAAGGAAUGGCCGGAGUUGGUGGGAUUGAGAUUUGAGGAUGUACUCAUCUCUUUCCCUGAUGCAAUUCCCUGCGGGGUGCGCUCCGCCGCUGAAGAAAGGAUUUAUUUGAAUCCCAAGGACAGUUACAAGAUCCAGCCGGGGGAUCAAAUCCUUGUUGUCGCAGAGGAUGAUGACAGCUAUGCACCGGUUACAAAGCGGCCAGAGGUGCGGAAGACAGAUUACCCAUCCAAGAGAGAAAAGCCAAACCGGCCUGAGAAGAUUCUCUUCUGUGGUUGGCGGAGAGAUAUUGACGACAUGAUUACGUCCAGAUACAGCUAUAACGACGGGGCGUUCUAUUCGGGUGAAGACGGUAGCAGGAGCAGCCAGACGUGCGCGCCGCUCGUCCGUCUGCCCACCCCGGGUGCUAAAGGCAUGUGAAAACUGUGGGAUUUUUUUAUUUUUUUUUUCCCGUAGGUGGGGCUUUUCUGUGCCCAUGGAAAGCACAGCCCAAAUCCGGGGCUUUUUCGUUC